CUCGAAGCAUAGAGACCUGAACUGUAUUACGUCCAUUUGAAAGUCAUUCUGUUGAAAUCAUGAAGAUCUUCUUAUUCAUAUUUGUCAUCAUCGCUGCUCUACUAUCAUCGACAUCAGGCAAGAGUCAAAAUCAAUUCUACUGUGGGAGAAAAUUAGCUAACGCCCUUGCGUACUUGUGUCCUGCUGGAAUGUUGGGUAAGAGAGCAGAAUAUAACACCAUAGAAGCAUUCAACGAUUUCGAUUGGCCGUGGAUGUCAAGAGCUAAGGCUCUGGAAGGUUCGAGAGGCAAGAGGACAGGUCCUGGAGUUAUUUCGGAGUGUUGCGACCAACCUUGUAGUUUGAACGAACUGUUGUCGUACUGCUAAAUUGCUAAUGCUUCAUUGCCGUGAACACGUUCUUGUUUAGAAAUAAAUGUAGUUCAAUUGAAAUGUUUUUCUAGUCGAACAUUUUGUUACGUAUUAUUUUGAUUAUGAGUAUGGUGACCUGUUUUAUUAUAUUUAAAUAUAUUUUUAAGAAUUGAAAAAUGCUGUGUUGUUAAUAUCAAAAACUUACAUAGUGCAGUAAAAAUUCUGCCUCGGACGAUUUGUUUGAGAAUAUUGAUGCUUAUUAUUUUAAUAUUUUCUGGUAAAACGGUUUUUAUUCUCUAUCAAUUAUUUUAUUGAACAAUUAAUAAUAAGUAGAAUUUAUAAGUAUCAAAAGAUUCAUUGCCGACAAACAGUCACGGGUAUAGUGAAAGGAAGGACUAAAUAUUAU